AUGGAAGCUGAAAAGCCUGUCUUUACAAGAGAAUAUGUGGAGAUUGUCAGAAGGAAGAGUCCAAAGAAGAGAGGAAAGAAAUCAGGAAAAGAUGAAAAACAGGAGACAGAUGAGCAUCUUGUUGGAGAAGGUGCAGGUACCUCCUACCAGACCAUGGACCCCACCCCUCAGCAGACCCAAGAGGAUGCUACUGAUGGUGAAGUUGGGGCCACCGGAGCAGAGUCUGCACCUACCAGUGGGGAUGAAAGAGGGGCGCACAAGAUGAGUGCCUUCACCACCUUACUUGGGUUCCUAACCAAACAGAGCUAUAUUGUGGGUCUUAUACUUAUGAUGGCCUGGAGUAUUAUCUAUUUGAGUUGGAUCACCUUUGUGCUUCUUCUAUGGGCUCUGCUCAUCUGGAUCGUCCCUAUCAGUACCACAAGGAAUCGCUGCCUCUACACAUCACCCCUCCUGGUCUUCUAUGCUGAAGCCAUCAUUAUUAUCACCUUCGUCUAUGGUCUUGAGACUAACCUACCUGAGAAGGCCAGCGGUAUUGAUCUCAAAGAAGUUGGUCUUAGACAUUACAAGUACCCUUUUAUUCCUCUACUUGUGGAGAUGGCAUUUACUUUGAUGUUCUGGCUGACAUUGCGUCAAUUCCUGAGGGAGCAGAAGCUACGUAGGCACAAUGUUGAUGAAGGCAUUGUUCUUCAGCCAUUUGGUGUCAUUUUCUCUGGUCCAGAAGAAGAAGUGAUGUCAACGGACGUGGAUGGACAUCAUCUACACCGUGGCCACAGUGUCACUAUGACAUUCUUGGGUCAAACUCUUAAUGCUUUACUGGCCAAGUACUGGAUCCUAUUAUGUGGUCUCAUGUUCCUCAUCAUCAGCCUUCAAGGGACUGUGGAUAUCUUCAAGACCAUCUAUAUGUUACUUUUCUUGAUACUGCUUAAUAUCUUUAUGCUCUCGUUUACUUUAUUCCGUUUCAUCCUGCGAGUGUUUGGCUGGAUAGUUGUGCUCUAUUCCAUGGCAGUGCUGUGUAUGAUAUACACCUAUCAAUUCACUGAUCUACGCAACCUGUGGAUAAACAACACCUUUUUCACAGAAGAAGAGCUUGCAGUGUUGGGACUCCAAAAGUAUGAUGAUCUCGGCAUGCUGAUCACCAAUCUUCUUAUCCCAACAGCUUUCAUCAUUCUAGUUAUGAUCCAGCUUCAUUACUUCCAUCAUAAAUUCAUCUCAAUUAGCAAUAUCAAGAGUUCAGGUUACCGUCCUGGUAGUUUAGAUGAAGAUGGUGGAUCAGAGAAGAAGACUGAUGAUGAAGGAUCACCUGCUGCUGAUGCUGUCAUUGAAGUUGAUGAAACAGACAAAAAUUCUAUCAGUAGCAAGAAGAGUUCACCAACAACUGGAUUGACCUGGAAGCUGAAACUGGCGAAGGCUUAUCACCUCUUCAAUACUUAUCUUGGACCAUGUCAGGUAUUUCUCUGGAGACUCCUGGAAGUCCACAUGAUGAAGUUGGUCUUUUUGACUAUCAUCCUGGUCGUAACUAAAGAACUGACAGCAGUGAAUGGUAUUCUCCUUCUGAUCAUCUUCCUCCCGAUUGCCAUACCAUCCCUCCAUCGUGUCUGCUGUAUGAUGUCAAUGUUAUGGGUCUCUGUGGUAUUAUUAGGAAAGAUGGUCUUUCAGUUGGAUUAUUCCAAUUGGUUUGAUGUGGAUAUCACGAAAAAUUGCACAGAGAAUCCAGAUUUCCCUAUUCAGGAUAACUUCUUCAUUCCAGACUGGUUUGGUUUCAAACAAGUGGGCUAUUUUUACAACUAUGUAGAGGGUUAUGUUGCCAUCAUCAUUAUGCUCAUCAUCUAUAGCAUUGUGAUGUUACAUCAACAGCAGUAUCGUAAUCAACGAGGCUUGGUAAAACCUGACUAUAGCAUCGUCUUUAAUGACAUCACCAGGGAGUGUGCUGAUAAAGAUGGUUUGCCAGGUUGCAUUAAAUUCCUCAUUAAUUACUGCUUCUACAAAUUUGGUUUAGAGAUCUGUUUCACCACUACCGUCAUUGUUGCUGCUGUACGUCUCGAUGUCUUUGCGUUCAUCUUCCUACUCAUGAUGGUCCCUCUUUUGUUUAUCAAACGUCGUAAAUGUGCCAUCUUGUGGCCAUUAUACAUGCUUGUCUUGAUAUUUCUGUUCCCUGUAGCCUAUGCCUUAGCGCUUGGAUUGCCUCCAGUCUUCUGUAUAGAUUAUCCAUGGACUGAUGUUCUGCCGGCGCGUCUUAACACAUGGCUGUAUCUGUCUAACUACCUCACUCCUCGAGACCCUAACCCAAGCGCUAUCGUUGCGGAUUUCUUUCAGCUACUAUUUGUAUGUCUCCAGUGGCAAGUAUUCCGUGUUGAAAAGAAUCAUGAUAUCAUCACAGGAGGAGGUGAUAACUAUGAGCUCUCUGUGGAUGUUGAGAGAAUAGAUCUGUAUCCAGUACCAAACUUUACUUUCAAUAGGUCAUAUCUGGAUCUCAUAAAGAGCAUGGUAUUUGGAUAUGCCUUCUACUUCACCCUGGCGAUUGUAUUCCUGUGUGCUACAACUCGUAUCAGCAUCCUUGGUCUGUGGUACCUCGUCUUUGCCUUCUACUUCCUUUGGUAUGGCCCCAAGUUUCUUACCAAACCAACUGAUAAAGUCCUGAAACAGUGGAAUUUCUUGGUAGGAUACACCCUGUUUGUGAUCUUUAUGAAGGUUGGACUUCAGAUCAUGGCAUGUGCCUAUGGAAAUGAUAUCGAUAGUCAUAAUCUAUGUUGGAUUAUGCAACUAUUAGGUGUCAUCUGCUUACAGACUGACUAUACUGAGGAGAUCUGUGAAUUACCUGCUGACCAAGCUAGACUUACAUGGGAUGUGACUUGUUUCUUGUUUGUGGUGUUCCAGAGGCAGAUUUUCACCAGUAACUACUUCCUAUAUAUUGUCUUGGACCUAACUGAGGAGGAGAAACUGGCCUCAAAGGGUGCUGAGCUUAUCAACGAGAUCCUAGCAGCCAAGGUUCGCAACAAACAAUUAGAGGAGCGUCGUAUACUGGAAGGUGUAAAGAGAAAGAUGAAGAGAAUCAAAGAGAAGCAACUCAAGCUGACGAGUAAAAAGAAUCAAACAUGGCAGCCAAAGUCUCAUGCAGAAGCUAUCAGAGGAACAGGAGGUUAUUACAUGUUUGAGGAUGUAGAUGAUGAUGACCUGAGUGACCUGGAAGCAGAAGGCAUCAUGUCAUCAGGAGAACCAUCAAGUCCAAAGAAUCCACUUCAGCUUGCAUUUCAUGGUAUUAUAGAAGAUCCCAAAAAAGCCAUUCAGAUUGAUAAAGAACACCAAGCUGCUAUAUCAGGAGCAGAGGAGGAUCCAGAUGAUCCUGAUGCAGAUGCAGUUUCAUAUUCAACAGCUGUCAGUGGUGAAGGAGGUGAUAAAGAUCGUUUUAAAGAUGGGAAAGGCCGUGUGGAUGAGGCCCAGGAUGAUGAUGAGACUGCCACUAGAGGGAGCUAUGCAGAUGAUAUUGAGAUGGACCAGGAUGAAGAACCUGAAGGUACUGUUGGAAAGAUCAAGAGUGCCCUGGCCCUGACGUGGCUGAUCUUCCUGCGUUCUGUGGAUACUUUGAUACAAUUCUUGGAUAACAUCUCAAAGGAGUACCGCUACGUGGCCAAAGAAUUAAAGAAGCUGACCACUGAAGGAAAACGAAGGAGAGCAAUGAAAAAACACAAACCUGCAGAGCUCCAAGACAUGUCUGGUAAGGAAAGUGAAAAAGAAGAAUUAGAGACUAAAGGAACAGAAGAUAAACAGGCAAAAGAUGGUGCAUCAGGAAGUCCUGCUGAUGAGAAUGAAUCUCCAACAAGGGAUAUCAGAGUAUCCAUCAACCCUGAGCCUACGUCCGAAGUGAUAUUUCAGAAGUUCAUGGAGAGCAAUGGCCAUGAUGAAACAUGCUCCACAGCUGAGACCAGCUCAAGCGAUCAAUUCCGCCGCACCAUGAUACGCCCCGUUCGUCUGAUCUACGCUGCCCUCUAUGCCAUAAUAGCCCAAUCACAGCUGGUAUGCUACUUCAUUAUCAUUCUCAACCAGCUGUUAUCAGCCAGUCUCCUCUCUUUACCCCUGGUACUCAUAGUUUUCCUCUGGGCAAUGCUCUCCGUACCUCGCCCUACCAAGACCUUUUGGAUUACGGUCAUCUCGUACACUGAGGUAAUUGUCAUCUUGAAGUACCUGUUCCAGUUCCAGUUUUACCCAUGGAACAGUGACAUAUCAAAGGAUCUUAAUAGCACUGAUCCACUUUGGUUCCCUAGGAUCCUUGGUAUUGAACAGAAGCCCAACUAUGCAGUCCUGGACCUGUGUAUCCUGCUAUCAGUUUUCUUCCAUCGCUCAGUUCUUAUUAGGCAUGGACUAUGGCAAGAGUCUCGUGUUGUGCCUGAUCUCGACAGUCAACAAACAGAUGAUGUCCGUGCCCUGACCAGUACAGACAUGGCUGUAGAAGAUCAGAAUGGCGAUGAGAUGGAUAGAGCUGGGAAGAAGGAUAAGAAGAAGAAAAAGAAGAAGAGGAAAGAAAAGGAGAAAAAGCAGGCAGAAGAAGGUGGAGCAAAAGCUGAGGUGCUUCUAUCAACAGAUGAUGAACAGCAGUCAGAAGUCCAAGAUGCUGAACCCCAAGGAUCGUCUGAUCUAUCAGAGCUAGAAGAUCCACCGAGAUGGUAUCAGCCUGUGAUAAACUUCUAUUAUAACAUGAUUGAUCCUAUGUAUAGUGCUGUUACAGAUGUCUAUGUCUUCAUAUUUGGUAUUCAGUUCAUCUGUUUCCUCAUCAUAGCCCUCUUCUCGUCUGCAUUCGGGGAGGAGAAGGCCACCAGUGAUGUAGCCCAGCUGAUCAGCUCUAAUACAAUCCCAAUCAGUUUCCUUCUUCUCCUACUCAUCAUGUUCAUCAUCAUUGUCAUCGACCGUGCCAUCUAUCUCUGUAAGAACGUCAAGGCAAAGUUCAUCUACCUUGUUGUUCUUGUCAUUGCUAUCCACCUAUGGCUCUUCUUUAUUCUGCCGUCUUACAAUAACAAGCCUUUUGUGGACAAUAAUCCAGCGCAAGUAUGGUAUUUCUUCAUCUGCAUCUACUUUGGUCUAUCAGCUUAUCAGAUUACAUCAGGUUAUCCAACAAGAAUCCUGGGUAAUUUCCUCUGCAAGAACUACAAUCUAGUUAGUUUGGUGCUCUUCUAUGGAUGGCGUGUUAUUCCAUUCCUGACUGAGCUACGUACCCUGAUGGAUUGGAUAUGGACCGAUACUACCCUAUCACUCAGCCACUGGCUACAGGUGGAAGACAUUUAUGCUAAUGUAUAUCCUAUCAAAUGCUUCAGAAAUAGAGAAGUGGCCUACCCUGUUCCCCGUGGCACCAAGACAUCCUGGAUCAUCAAGUAUGGAGUAGGAGGAGGGAUGUUGAUAGCUCUUAUCUUUGUUAUUUGGUUCCCUCUCAUCCUCAUCUCGUUUGCAAACACCACCAGUAUCAUGAACCCACCUUCAUCAAUGUCAGUUGAAAUUGGUUUCGGUGGAUUUGAGCCCAUCUUCAAAAUGAAUGCCCAGAGUGAGGACUUGAAUCCCAUUGGUACUACACAGUGGAAUGAUCUACAGGCAGAAUUUGCACAGGACUUGAAUGCAAGGACCUUCUUAGAUGGAUAUCGUCAGGAGGAUGUUGUGAUUGCUACAAUCAGUGGUAACUCAACAGGUACUUGGGACAUCAGUCCGCCAAGCAGAGAGAACCUGAUUAAGAGCCUACAGAUAGAUGUUAACCUUUAUAUCUACUUCAAGUAUUCUUUUACCAGAAUCACCAAUAAUGCCCAAGUCACACCAACCAUACAGAACAAUCUUGAUGUGAUGCUGACAGAGGAAUACGAUGCAUUUAGGGAUAAUCUGAUUCAGCAACUUCAAUUUAACACCAGUGAUCCAGGUGUGAUGACAAAUUUAAUUCCAUUAUACAUCAACGUCCCAGCUCUAUCCAGCCCUGAACCAGUCACUAUCCUACUUGAGAGUAAUGAGAAAUAUGGUUAUGUUAAUGCCUCUUUACAUCUGGAGGUUGGUGAGAUAUUAAACCUUGAAGGAACCAGGGAAUGGUGGGAGGUGGCGGUGGCAGAUGACUCCUCUGAAGAAAGUUCUACCAUCCAGAUACUCACAUUCAAUGAAAGGGUUGCAUCAGAGCUUCUUGCACCGCUCUCAAGUUAUGGAAUAAUUGGUCUGUACGUCUCCCUCGUCCUUGUGAUUGGUCGUUUCCUGAGAAUGUACUUCAGCGGUAUCUCCUACCAGAUUAUGUUCAACGAGCUACCUAACGUAGACCGCAUCCUCAAGCUUUGUCUAGAUAUCUAUCUUGUGAGAGAGAGUGAUGAGAUGGAGUUGGAGGAGGAUCUUACAGCUAAACUUAUCUUCCUCUACCGAUCACCAGAGACACUUAUCAAAGUCACCAAGUGGAAGACUGAUUGAUGAGAGAGAUAGUGAAAGUGAGUGAGGAGAAAAGUGACAGUGAAAGAAGAUAAGCUUAGAUUAGGUUUAUAGAUGAUGGCCCUUAUUCUGAAUUUGGGUUUAAUGCAAACAGGGUUAAGGUUGUGGUUCGAUUUGGAUAGCCAAUUUUGAGACAAAUUUCUAACAUUACAGGUUCACUUUAUUUGACAAACAAAUUGUUCAUAAUUGUCUGGAAGUAACAACUAAAAUGGUUUCUUGACCAUGAAAACAUUAUUAAACAUUAACAUACAAUUAAUCUAAACAAAAUUUUGAUGUUUUCAACUUCCCAUAAGUGAGUUUAAAGGAGAAAUAUAUUUAUUGUGACUAUGGUCUUAUAGUACAGUAUGUCCCAGAAAAGAGGAAACUGUGAUUCAGUGUAAUUUUUUCCUAUCAUGAUCAUAAUUUUGCUUCAUGACAUGUACACCAAUAAAAAGAAAUGUUCCCCCUCUUUCAUUUAAAGCCACUCCCAAUGUUCAUAAUGCAUGCAUGACUGAGUUAGAACAAUAGAAAGAGGUACUAGUAAAUUUCCGUUUGCACCAGCAAAUGACAAUUUUAAGUGAGUUUUUCUUGCUUUUACUGCUAUCUUUUCAGAAAAUAAAGUUCAUAACUUAAAUAUCCAUUUUGUCAUCUUUUAUAUGAGCCCUUGUGCGUAAAAUAUGAUUGACGCAUGGUCGAGAAAAACUCGCAUGAAAACAUGCUUGAUUUAUACCUAUUCGACGGAUCGUUGAAAAACAAGCGUUUCGUUUUCCCAAACAAAGCAGCAGACAAUAGGCUAAUGGAGAAUGCUGUUCGGGCUAGGGAAGGAAAGCCCUUUAAUGAUGCGGGCUGGAGUCUAUGGCUGUGAGAAUUCAAUUUUAUAAUGGAUAUGAUUUUGUUAAUUUUUAUCUCAAACUUCUCUCAGUCCUUUUAUUUGUCGCUACAUUUUACAGGGGCGGCGGAUCAUGUUUGAAGGGUCGGGGUGAAGCAGAAAAAGGGUACUUAACUUUUACAAGUGUAGAUGAGAGGAAUGUUAAUUUUCUUUAAAUGUGCCACCCCCCUCCAACAUUCUGCCGCCCCUGCCUCGUCUAAUCAUUUCAAUAGUUUUUUUACUUUUUACAAGUUUUACAGCAAUUGACUGAUACGAUGGUUUGGAUGAACGCCGACGAUAUAUGCAUUGAUACUUGAUCAGAAAAUAAAAGCGAUGGAAUGAAAAACCAGUACAUACGUUAAGUUGUAUUUGGUCAUCGUAACUGAAUUUUGUUGAUAUUUCUACUAGAUAUUAAAGACAUAGUUGCCUUGCCCUAUUUCAAUGUUAGCUAUUGUAAAUAUCCGUCUUACAUUUCUUUGUAAAAUAAUGAAAUUUGUGAUGUUCAUUAGGUUUUCUGGAGCCAUUUCUACUCAAUUAGGACAAAGUUGUAAAUAUUUCUUUUUUCCAAUCUUGAAGACAUCUUGAAAGUACUGGAUCUAUUUUCUGACUAUGUGUUUUUAAUGUUGCAUGUUAUUUGAUACGAAAUUGCAUAGCUUAUUAGGCAUUCUGUGUAUAUAUUGUUAACAACUGUCAUCAUUCAUGUACAAGUAAAUUUUGUGGAUGUCAAAGUAAAUAAUGUCCUUUCUUUUUUCUAUCAGUUUUACCCUUAUUUAGUAGAUACUCCAAUCUCUAAAACAGUCAGAAAUGCAAUUAAUAGUGGAAUUAGUUAUUUAUAUAAUGUGAUGACAACUUUCAAUACAUUUUGUAGAUGCCCUAUUUACACAUACAUGUACAUGGUUAGCAAGAACUGCUAGCUCUGUUCAGCUUCCUAUUAAUUAUUGAUGCAGUAGCAAAAGCGAUACAAAGUAUCAUCCAAUAUCAUUGAUCAGUUCAUACAAAUUGUAUAGGAGGUUUAUAAUUCAUCAAAAUUUUGUCAUCAAUUAUUGUCAUUGAGAUAGAAAUAACUUAUACCUGUGUCAAUUUAAUUAUACCGGUACAUUCUUUCACAAGUGCAAAUUGAUAGGCUUGAAUUUCAUGAGUGUUUUUCAAGAAUUUGUUUUGUUGUUAAUUGUUAAUAGAUAUAUGACUAUAUUUUGAAGUGGAUUGUGGUGAUACAAUGAGAUGCAGUACUGUAAUGUUAGUGACAUGUUUUGAAGCAGUGAUGGAUGGAUGGAUAUAUCAGUCAAAACCUAGCUUCUGUGUGUACAUGUAUUUAAUGACUGAAGUACAUGCUGUGAAGUUAUUUUCAUGUAGUUUUAAUAUUUUUAUUGUGUCUAGAUUUACUAGUAAAAUAACAAAAUUUGGGGGUUCAACUCAAACAAAUUGCUACAGAAUUUUUUCACGGCAUUGCAUUUCCAUGAAGUCCCCAAAAUUAAAGUUCAGAAAAAUCCCUGUGGUGGGAAGAUGUCUAAUUUGUAUAAAUCCAAAAUGGCUGCCAUAGUAAACAAAUUGUGAUUUUGGUAAUAGUUCAAACACUGGUGUAAUCAUAAUACUUUUACAAAUUAAAACCUUAAACAGUCACCGAUGUUAUAUCCUGUCAUUUUAGAAUUAGGAUAUAUGUCAAAUUUGACCUCUGCUGACCUCUACAGGUAAAUGACCUCUAAAAAUCAGAAUAUUGAUGUUUUGCAUAGAUAGCUCCUGAUUAGCAUGUUUAUGUCGUUAACAUAUUUUUUCAAUAUCAAUUUUUAUGUUCACUGAAUCUUCCAGAGAGUAUUGCUAAGUGUUGCAGCCUUUGAAUUUUGAUAUUUGAGGACCUCCAUAGGUAAUGACCUCAAAUGUUAAAAUAUAUUAGGUACUUCAUUGACUGCCCUCUAAUAUGUAUGUACACAGAUUUUUUUAGGCAAUCUCCAGGCUAACCCAUGACCUCUUCUACUUCCGCUCACACCUAUAUCAAACUAGUGUACGUUAAACCUCUCGCGGAGUGAAGAGGUCUCCAAGAAAGUCUCUUCUUGAAAGAGCUAAGUACACUUCCAAAAUGUGUUUUUAUGCUGUAUUUUGUUGCUUCUUUGCAACCAGAUUCAUUGCCAACCCUUUUUACUUCAGAACUGUAUAGUUUGGCUCGUUUAAAUUCCCUGAGCGCGACUUUUUAAGCAAUUUUGUGAAUUGCUCCUUCCUUUUUAUCCCAGUGUACUAUUUUUGUGCGCGAUGCCUAUGCAAGGUCCUCUUCCUCCCAUAGCUUCCCCGCGCUCUCUCUUGAGUGAUAGCUCUUUGUUCGAUGCCCGGUCUUUAUUAUUCUUGUCAUUUGUUACGCAAAUAGUUCUCCUUUGCUUCACAGCCAGGAUUUUGAGCUUUGCCCCUUCUCUUCGGUUCGAAAUGUGAAUUUCUUCCUCUGCUUUCUUUUCAGAUUGCAGCCGGACUUCUUUUUACUCAGUCUCCCUUUAUAGGUUUUUAUACCCCCGCCAAAUGAAGUUUGAAGGGGGUAUAUAGGAAUCCUUGUAUGGUCAGGCGAGCGGUCGGUCCGUUAAAAAUCUUGCGCAUCAAACUACUUCCUUAACCAAAUCUCAUGAAACUUGGCACACAUAUUGUUGUUGGUGUAAGAUGUGCAAGAUGUAUUUUUGUCUGUGUCAGAAAUUGUGUUGCCAUGGUAAUGGCAUAUGGUGAAAAUUUUGCAGUUUGAAUUACUUCAUCAAUUUUCAACCAAUUCUCAUGAAAUUUGGCAUACUCAUUGGUUUCAAGGGAAAGAUGUCCGAGACACAUAUUUAGUGUGUGUCAUAAAUGGAGUUGCCAAAACAACUUGAGAUGAAUAAUUGUGAGGCGAAAAUUAGGUUACUUCAAUACGCAGAUGACACCUUGUUUUUCGUUCGUGAUCCGUCUUCUCUUCAAAAUAUUUUGGAUGAAUCGUUAAUAUUUGGCAAAAUAGCCGGCCCAAAAUUGAAUAAAGAUAAGAGUGUUAUGUUAUGGAUUGGAGAUGGACAUCUGAAAUGUAAUAUAUCGGCUUAUGACCUGAUGUGGAGUGAUGAACCAGUCAAAUAUUUGGGUCAUAAUAUCAAUAUGGAUAAAGAUCUGGCGUUGAAAAUAGACUGGAAGAACAGGUUAAUGAAACUAGAAAAAAUACUUCAGAGAUGGAAAAGAUGAAACCUAAUAAUUUUUUAGAAGGUCACAGUAUUGAAGUCUUUAGCACUCAGUCAAGUCAUUCAUUUGAUGAUUAUAGACACUAUACCAGAUGAAUAAAAAAAAAAUUAAAUUGAAUCAUUUUCAAAUUCAUUUGGGGUUCAAAUACAGAAAAACUAAAGAGAGCGGUUUUAACAAAAAGUUAUGUACAUGGAGGUAUUAAUAUGACUGACAUAAAUCAUCAAUUGUUGAGUUUUAGAUUGAAAUGGCUGGGUUAAUUUUUUAACAAAGCUAGUGAGAGUAAUAGUAUAUGGAAAACUUUGAGUAAUCUUUGGUUUGAUCAGUAAGGUGGCAUAAAGUUAUUGCUCAACUGUAACUAUGUUAAAACCAUUCUUAAGACUAUAAAAGAAUACCUAUAUUUUAUGGAGAGGUGUUGCACGCAUGGAUGAUGAUAAGGUCUCGGGUAUGUCUGGAAUAUAAAGAGCAUGAAAAUGAAAAAGCUCGAGAGAUUUUAUGGUUUAAUCAAAGUAUAAUGUUAAAUGGCAGUAUGUUUUAUUAUAGAGACUGGUAUAAUGCUGGAAUCCUAUUUUUAAAUGAUUUAAUUGAAAACGGCUCAUUCAAGAGAACAGAACAAUUUUUUGGUGUGUUGAUGAGAACGAAGAAAAGUAAAGCAAAUUUAAUAUUUGAUUAUAUGAAACUCCAGCAAGCUAUACCAAAAAGUAUGGAUACAUCAAAUCACAAAUACGAAUGCAGAAUACCCACUAAAUAAAAGAAUGGAAGUCCCCUGUAUUAUUGUUAACAAAAAAGAAAAACGAAUACAAGAUUUAAGCAGCAAAUCAUUUUAAAGAUUAAUUAUGUCUUGUAAUAGGAUACCAUUCGUAAAUAUGCACUGUUUAUUUUGGGAAACAAAUGUGUCUAUUAAUAUUACAUGGUCGAAUGUUUUCAAAAGAUUUUUCUUGAAUCUUCAGGAAAACAAAUUACGCGAGUUCUGUUUCAAAUUUUGUUAUAACUUACUACCAACCCAGCGAAACCUUCAUAAAUGGGGUAUUGCAAACGAUAACAAAUGCCUACACUGUAAAGUUGAAGAAGAUGCUAUCCAUGCAUUCUUCACUUGCGAGUUAAAUGAACCCUUUUUUGUUUAUUUACAGAGAGUUAUCAAAGAUGUUUUUCAUAAAGAAAUAAAAAUCGACAAAUUGU